AUGACCAAGGUGUUGUUAGUCACUGUCAUCGGACUACCGGGCUGUGGUAAGAGCACAUUCUGCUCACAGUUAUCAUCUCACAUGGAGUCAUCUACACCCGUUCUGGUUCUGUGCUACGAUUCAUUGAUUCCCAAACAGGCAUUCUGUUUAAAUCAAGUGACAGAGACUACCAACUGGCGAAAAUGGAGGCAAGCUGUAGUUCACUGUGUGGAACGUCUUAUCGUAUUCUGUCUUGAACUCGCGCGGGACGAUUUGCCUACAUAUGGCGAGGUGAAUGCUGUUUGGAAUCAAAUUCAACUGUCCCGUAUUCGCCCGAAUCAUGAUUUGAUUGUUAUUUUAGAUGACAAUUUUUACUACACCAGUAUGCGACGUCCAUUCUUUUGCCUGGCCAAACAAUAUAACUGUGGUUUCGCGAGUAUUCAGUGUGAUUGCCCUUUGGACGUGUGCUUGAAGCGCAAUGCUAUCCGAUCCGAACCAGUCGAGGACCGGAUCAUCAUACAAAUGGCAGCCAAUUUCGAACCCAUUAAUCCCACUGAAAAUUAUUGGGAGAAACACAGCUGUCAUUUAGACUGUUCCACCUCCUUGACAGAAUUCGCAAUUUUGUCGGUUGUCCAGCUGUUAUUAAGGGCCCUGGAAGAACCGUAUAGUUCAGCCGAAGAAGACGCCUUACGUGAGCAACAAUCUCGUGACCGUCAAAUCAAUGCGGAUAGCGUGUUGCAUGCGGUGGAUAACGCUCUCCGAGUCCACGUUCGCCAUGUACUGGAGUCCAAGGAAUUGUCAUGGAAGAAGAUGCAUGGGAAGUCGAUCGGAACAGUCAAGGCACACAUCUUGGCCGAAAUUCGGUCUCUGUUAUGCAAACCGGACGGUGUUGGUUCCAUUCAAUACUAUCAAGAUAUGGCUGUACAUUUGUUAGACAAAGAAAUAUCCACUAUGGUUGAAUUGUGA